AUGAAUGAAUAAUCUCAAAUCUAUCAAAAUGAGCCAAUCAUUAAAAAAGAGAUACCCAGAGAUAACUCUACUGAUACUCUUGAAAACUUUGAUAAAAUAAUGCCACCUACAUUGAGUUCAAUUAAAAAGAAGCAUUUAUCUUUUGACAACACAAGAUAACUGUCUGCAGAGAAGAAAUUGAAAAUGAAAAGUCAAAUGCUAGCUACUCCCUCUCAAAUGCUAAAUGGAGGAAAUGAUGAUGAAGAUAGUAUCAGCAUUUUGCAUUAAUCCCUAACUGGCUUAAGCAAGGAUCAGAUCUCAAUAGAAGUUAAGUAAAAACUUAAAGCAGCAAAUAUUUCAAGUAUUUUCAGAAAUACUUACAUUGCUAAUUAAUCUAAGAUUGAGGAUACUAGAAACUAUGAUCAAAACUAUGCAGGAAAACUUAAUCAGUCAUUUUAAUCUUUGCAAAAUAUCUAAGAUUUAUCACAAAAAGAUAAGAUAUAGAAAACUAAGCAAUUCUAAGAUUUGAAAAGUAGAGGAUUAUAUAAUUCAAUAGAUCUAGGUCGGCAAUAAAAGUCAGUUAAUGGAGGUAAAAAAAUAGAUUUAUUAAAUUAGCAAAACAAUGGAAGCGCCACAUUUGGUGGAUAAGUAGAUCUGAAUUAAGAAGAAGGUGUAUAUUUGACUUAGGAAUUCAAAAAGGAUUUGGUAGAAAUUUCAUCUCCAAAAAACAAAGGCACAGGGAUUUAAACCUUAUCGGGAACAGCUCCUCAUUUUAACAAGUAAUAAUCAAUAAGCAAGAACUACCACAAUCUUAGUUAGCAAUAACUAAUCAAGCUUAUAGAAACUUAAACUGCUGAAAUCAAAAUGUUUAAAGAUAUCAUUCUUAAAUAAGAGGCAAAGAUAAAAACUCUCAAAGUAAAGAAGAGAGAUUACUAGCAAACUAAUAAGGAACUUUUGCAAGAGAUUAUGAAAAAUGAUGAUGAUGAUGAAAAUCUUGAAAGAGAAGAAACAGAAAGAAGCUAAGAUAAAAGGAUGAAGUCAAAGGCUUUCAGUAGUCCUGGGAAAAUCCACUAGAUUUAUCAGGAUUUUUUCAUUACAGACAUGAAGAAAGAUUUGAGUAAGGUAAUGGAUAUGAUGACUACUUAGAAGUCAAAUGCUAAUACAGCAUUAAUAAAAUUAAGUGAAUUGAGGAAAAAGAAUCAUGAUCUCACUAAUAAACUUAAAAGAUAUAGGCAGAUGAUGAAUGAAAAUCUGAGGCAAUAGCAGACAAUAGUACAGAAGAAGACUGGAGGAGCAAGUAAUGGUAAUAGAUAAAAUUCUGCCUAGAAUUCUUAAUAAGAUAAGAGUAAGGUAACAGAUGAUGAACAUAGUAAAAAUAAUGAAAAAAUGCCAGUGGACAAGAAUUUAGAAAACAUAUCAAAACUUGCUAUUUCAACUCUAAUGAGAAGGAACUCUUUAAGUCCAGAAAGAGGCUAAUAAUAGCAAAGAAAAUCUUAAGUUCUUAAUAUGAAUGAUGUUAUUAAGGAAUUGGUAGAGAGAUAGAGUUUUGAAAAAGAAAAAUUAAAUACUUUUUCCCAGUAUGUCAAAAAACUUUUAGAUGCAAACACUGUCUAUUAAGUGAUUGAUUGCAUGAACACAAAGGACUUUGUGUGCGCACUCAUAUACAAUCCUAAAGAAUAGUAAAAUUUCUCUGAUCAACCAACCACUAAAGAAAGGUCAAAACCUUUUGGUUUAGUUUAAAUGUAAUUUCAAAGGACAUAGGGGAUGAAUGGGCUAAUUUAGUUAAGUUUUGUUGAAGAAUUUUUUGUCAAGACAUUGGCUUAAAUGAUUGGUGAGAAGCUAAGACUUAUAAGAGCUUAGAUUGAAGCUCAGAGAAGAAGAGACGAGAUUAUCUAGAUAAACACAUUGAAGAGCACUUUGUCUGAAUUCUUUGGAUUCGAAUCAGCAUCUGUAAUGUUUAGAAACGAAGAAAGCACCGAAUUAUUCACUACAGUAACCUAAACUCCAGACCCAAUCUUCGAUAGAUAAGAUGAUUUCAUAAAUUACCCUUCAAAAGUUGGACUAACCGGAUAUGUAGUUAAAAGCUAAUUAGAUAACGACUCUUUAAUGGAUACAUUCAAUUAAGAGUAAGAGAGUAUCACUGUUACAAAGGAUUUAAAAAAGGCUGUUGGACCAAGACUUUCUGUUGUCAAAAAGGGGAAUCAAAGCAAAGUGAUUAAAAUAGAGGCAAAGAAAAAAGAUAGGCUAUUGGGAGUAAUUUAGUUUAUAAAUAAGUCUGAUAGAUCUGCAAUAAAUGAAUUUGAUAUUGAAAAAGCAUAGAUCAUGAAUGAUGUAUCAAGUACUCUAUUCGGAAUGAGAAGAAUUUUGAAAGCCAAAGGUAAGGAUUCAUCUGGAAUGGUGACAGCUAAGGAAAACAAUGAAGAUGAACAAAAAUGA